AUGUUUGUCAUUGUUACAUCAGGAAUAACUUUGGACCACUGCAAACCACCGACCCCAUCACCACCCACCCCAACACCACCAACCCCAUCACCACCCACCCCAACACCACCAACCCCAACACCCCCAUCACCACCAACCCCAUCACCACCAACCCCAACACCACCCACCCCAUCACCACCCACCCCAUCACCACCGACCCCAACACCACCGACCCCAACACCACCGACCCCACCCACCCCAUCACCACCAACCCCAACACCACCCACCCCAUCACCACCAACCCCAACACCACCAACCCCAUCACCACCAACCCCAACACCACCAACCCCCCCAACACCACCCACCCCAUCACCACCAACCCCAACACCACCCACCCCCACAUCACCACCAACCCCAACACCACCACCCACCCCAUCACCACCAACCCCAACACCACCCACCCCAACACCACCAACCCCAUCACCACCAACCCCAACACCACCAACCCCAUCACCACCCACCCCAUCACCACCGACCCCAACACCACCGACCCCAACACCACAAACACCAACCCCAUCACCACCAACCCCAACACCACCAACCCCAACACCACCAACCCCACCAACCCCAUCACCACCAACCCCAACACCACCCACCCCAUCACCACCAACCCCAUCACCACCAACCCCAACACCAACCCCAUCACCACCCACCCCAUCACCACCAACACCACCAACCCCAUCACCACCAACCCCAAACACACCCACCCCAUCACCACCUACUCCAACACCACACCCAUCACCACCCACCCCAUCACUACCGACCCCAUCACCACCCACCCCAUCACUACCGACCCCAUCACCACCGACCCCAUCACCACCAACCUCACCACCGACCCCAUCACCACUAACCCCAUCAUCACCAACCCCAUCACCACCAACCCUAACACCACCAACCCCAUCACCACCCACCCCAUCACCACCGACCCCAACACCACCAACCCCAUCACCACCAACCUCAUCACCACCCACCCCAUUACCACCGACCCCAACACCACCAACACCACCAACACCAACACCACCACCACCAACCCCAACACCAACCCCAACACCACCAACCCCAACACCACCCACCCCAUCACCACCAACCCCAACACCACCCACCCCAUCACCACCUACUCCAACACCACCCACCCCAUCACUACCGACCCCAUCACCACCAACCUCAUCACCACCGACCCCAACACCAAUCCUGUCACAAACCCUUAGGAAUAUUCACUUCUUGUGUCCAGCAGUGCGCCCUGUGUCGUUGUCCAGCUCUGGGCUCUUACAGACUCUGGGGGAGGACAGAGGACACAGCUGCGGGCAGUGGGUUCACAUGUUUGAGAGCCCAGAGUGUUUGGGCCUGUGGGACAUUAGAAAUGAGUGGUCUAACCUGACACAGGUGUAUUCAAGGAGCGCUGGGAGCUCUGCACUCUCACUGCACUCUAACUCUGAUGUGCACAUGGACAUGUGGAGCCUGGAGAGCAUCUGA